AUGAUAAUUAAAGAAUUAAUGAAAGAAAAUUUACAAGUUAGUGCCUUAUUUAGUGUCUACUAUCAAGAAAGAGAUCGAAAGAAGAUCAAAAGACCACCAAAAAUUGGUGAAAGAGGACGAAAACGCAAGCUAACCAAGCGUCAACAAAAUCGAUUGUACCGAUUGCUGCGACAACCUAAUCCUCCAACGAUAACUAGCCUAUCAACCAAGUUCGAAGUUAGUCCUCCAACUAUAAUCUAUUACAGGGACAAGAUAUUUAACCUGAAAAAAUUCAAAAAGCGACGAAUUCACGCGUUGAAUGCAAGUGCAGUGUUACAAAGACGUCGCCGAAGCUGGCCUUUGUACCGCUUGAUUAUGAAAAAAGGUUGGAACAAAUUUAUCACAAGUGAUGAGAAAAUGUUCUAUUUAGCUGAUGGAGGGAGUGAAACUGACUUCUAUUAUGCCGAUCCCACCGUUAAAGAGCCCAAAAAAACUAAGAAAAAAAGUGGACACAAACGAUCAGGUAUAAUGGUUUGGGCUGCUGUUUCGGCUGCUGGUAAAUCUAGCCUCAUUUUUGUUGACCAGAAAGCUAAAAUCAAUGCAGAAUAUUACAUACAACAUUUUGACACCAUUCAUCAAUAA